GAAAGAAGAACAACAAACAUGGCUUCCGUUCGUGCCGUUUACCGGAAUCAUAACGACCCGGUGCUACCCGGGAUCCUUGGUGGACAGUCCCUUCCCUAAACCCUAACAUAACCUUAAUUUAACCCUAAUUUAAUUUAACAAUUUUGAAUUCCAACUUGCACGGGCCUUAUAUGUGCCCAUCGGAACCAAAGUUGACGUUUCUGUCGUUUCUAAACGAGACGAAUUGAAUGAAGGACACAUGUAUAAACCAAAUAUGGCAACCUGCAUGAGGAUUGUAAAAGUUUUAGCAGGAUGCCAAAGACAUCUCCUGGUGGCUGGUAUUCCAGCAUAUACAAGUGUUUCUCCGGUUGCAUCCAGACAUCUCCCUGUUAGGACCUAUGCUGCCGCGAAGACAUUUAAAAAAGACAAAAAAGAUGACAAAGAGAAAGAGGAGAAGAAAGAGCAGAAGCCUAUAGACAACACAGGUCGUCACAAACCGUAUGGGCUGACGGCGUGGGUACCGGUGGAUGACGUGUACGUGACCAGGUUCUACCCCAAACCGGUGUAUGAGACCGCGGUGGCUGUGGACAUGCUAAAGAAUUUCCAGACGCUGGACUAUACAACUCUGGACCAGCCUGUUUAUAUCAACCUCAAGUUGGACAUGAAGCUGGAGAAAAAGAAAAAAGUGGAUCCCUUUGUCAGCACAGUUCAUUUGCCACACCCGUUCAAGACAGAAGUCAACAAAGUUGCAGUUUUCACAGAGAAUCCUGAUCAAGCUAAAGUAGCCCAGGAGAACGGAGCUGCGUUUGUGGGAGGGGCCGACCUUGUGCAGAGAAUCUUAGAUGAUGAAGUGGAUGCCGAUUUCUACGUAGCAGUCCCAGACAUGAUCUCCAAACUACUGCCUCUGAAGAACAAACUGCGCAAGAAGUUCCCGAAGAACAAGAGAGGGUCGGUUGGAGUCGACAUUCCCAAGAUGCUGGAGUUGUUCAAGACUGGCCAUGAAUAUACAGUGGAGAAGGACGCUGUCAUCACUAGAGUAGGAACGCUGGACAUGCCCAAGGAGCAGCUUAUAGCCAACAUGCAGACUGUCGUCGAGGAUGUCUGCUCUCACCGGCCGGCUAGCUUCGGACAUUUCAUAGAGCGAGCGAUCGUCAGUAGUCAGACGAGUGAAGCCUUGCUCUUUAAGAGUGAAGAACUCGUACAGAAAACACCAACGGAUAAGGAAGCUUGAAGUGUUCCUUGUGAUUUUUAUGUAUUACUGACUGUGUACACUGUAUUGAAUAAAGUAUGAUGAUAUGUUUUACGUGA